GUUGGAAAACAGAAUUUUUGUGCCCUAACAAUUUAAAUUCUUCUCAUCCCUUCUUCACUGAUGGGGCCGUAUUUUGCUGGCAACAUUUCUCACUCCUUUGAACCACUUUUAUCACUAUAUUUUCCUUUGCAAUGCUUUGUGCUGCCUUUGGUUGUUGUUCUAAUAGACCGAGAAGACUUGUUAACGUACUUGUAUGCCUUACUGCCAACACUGGAUUUUGUUCUCUGGGUUUUUACCAAAACCUUUCUGAUUUUGGUUUACUGUUUCGUUUCCAUAGAUUUUCAAACCUCUGAGCUGCAUCGUCUCUUUCAAAGGCACUGUCUCUUUCAUCUAUGUCUCUCAUUACACCAUGCACAACAUAUAAGGUGAUUUCUGCCUCAAAACUCAGGUGGAAAAAGAGUCAAUUUGCCAUUUAAACAAAUUACUAAAAUAUCUCUUACCUCUCCUACCCUUGAGACAGGCAUUACGAUAGGAUGUUGAAAGUAAGAAAUCCCACAUUUUGAAAAUAUUAUACAAAAAGUCACAUUACGAGCAGCUGCAGUGAAGUUAAAAGCAAAAGCCAGGAUAUUCCAGAAAUGGAAGCAUGCACAUUAAUCUGUGUUUUUUGACUACCUGGUAUCAUGUGUUGUUCUGACAUAAGAUCUUUCUCUUCAAGCCCUCCUCCGAUUCCCAUCGAAUGGUGGAUGAACUCCCAUUGGGUGCAGUUUUGAAGCAAACCAUCAGGUCCCACUUAAUUCUGCCUCUGCUUAGGAAACCACCCAUGAGCGUCCUCAAGCCUGAAAACCAAAGUAUUCAGCAUACGCCAUAGAAAACUGAUGAAAUGGAGACUUGUGAGGGUUUCCAGCCUUAGGCCGAUCCAAUCCACAGGGACAAGACCCUGGCUUUAUGGUACUCAGAUGCUGCUGGAGGCGUGUGCUCGUGGUAAUGUUCAGCACUUCAUCUACACCAGCAGCAUAGAGGUGGCAGGCCCAAACUGCAAGGGUGACCCAAUUUUCAACGGUGAUGAAGAUACACCUUAUGAGAGUACAUCCCGAUUUCCUUAUGCUCAGAGCAAGAGGCUGGCAGAGGAAUCUGUGCUGAAGGCAGAUGGCCAGAUGUUGAAGGACGGAGGCAUGCUUGUGACCUGUGCCCUGAGAUCCAUGUACAUUUUUGGAGAAGGAUGUCCAUUUCUUCAAGGUCAUUUGGAUAAGUGUCUGCUGAAUAAAAACAUCUACCUGCGUUUCUCCAGGAAGGAGGCUUUAGUAAACCCUGUGUAUGUGGGGAACAUUGCCUGGGCACACGUGCAGGUGGCCAAAGCUUUGCAGGUCCCACAGAAAGCCAGACACAUCAGGGGGCAGUACUACUACAUCUCAGAUGACACUCCUCACAUGAGCUACGCAGACCUCAAUUACGAGCUGACCAAGGAGCUGGGCUUUGGAAUUGAGCCCUGGCUCCCCAUGCCUCUGACAAUGCUGUAUUACUUCUCACUGCUGUUGGAGAUCGUGAGCUUCAUGCUCAGGCCCUUUGUCAGAUACAUCCCCUCAACCAACCGCCACCUGGUCACUCUGCUGAACACCCCCUUCACUUUCUCCUACAGAAAGGCACAAAGGGAUUUUGGCUACGUGCCCCGUUACACGUGGGAAGAGGCAAAGAGGUACACCAGCCAGUGGAUUGCCUCUAUUGUCCCACAGAGGAGGGAGUACUUAAAAAGCAAGAAAGCCUAAAUGCUAAGAAGAGCAGAGGCCUGCCUCACCAAGGCUGGCCUCUCUUGAGCCAGAGGGCAGCUGGGUAAACAGCAACAGCAGGUAACUACCCAGUGUUUAAUUGUCAAGAGAGAAAAAGAAAGUGUAACAGCACCCUCAAUCGUCCCCAGAACCAAAAUAAAUAUAGGUGAAACGUCCGUUUGUUUGUCAAGAACAGUCUGAUAGGAGUAAUGUUAUUGUAUAGUCCUAUACUUGGGCAGCAUGAAGAUGUUGAAUAAGACUCCACACAGCCCUUCUUUUGACUCCACAUAUUCUAUAAGGCUUUUUAAAGGAAUAAAGGCACAGUUUACCCAAGAACGAUGACUGUAAUUUACAAGCGUGCCUUGUUAAGCUAUACCCAACUCAUUCAGCAUUAUACAGCAGGCAGAAGCCACUUGAUAGCAAAAGCAGUUACUAAUCUUGCUCACUUUUUCAAAAAUGUUGCCCAGCUUUCUGCAGUACUGACUCUACAAUCUGAGAGGAAAUAGGGGCAGAGCAAGCCAACAACACAGUGUUCGGUGCAACAUUAUCUUUAAUGAAGGCAGCUCUGUAGAGGGAAAGGAACAAAGUUAUGUCUGUUCUUUAUCUCUUCUCAUUUUCCUAGUUAAGACUUAUCAAACUUGAUGGCAGCCCAGGAGAACUAGAGCUGCUACAUGAUGGAAAGGAGAAAAAUACUGCAGGACAGCCUUGGUCACUGAAGACAUUCCACUGCAGAUUCAAGAUGUUUGAGAACACUGAAGAAAUGACAAACAUGGCUGAAAAGAAAUGUAACACUAUUUUCAGGUUUCACCUGGGAGCAAAGGUUAACAUUAGCCAGUAGGUGCAUGUAUCCUGUUCCUGUGUUUUUUCCUUCUGGCUCUGUGCAGCUUGAGUUGUGAAAGAAAACAAUCGAUUCAUUUUGUUUUGUUAUUGUUUGGUUUUGGGGGUUUUUGUUGGUUUGUUGUGGUUGUUGUUGUUGUUGUUGUUGUUUUGUCUCAAACGUAGCUUUGUGAGGCCUUUUUGAUUUUGGAUAAGAGAUGUGUAUGUACGUGGUAG